GAGGGAGGGGUGGCUGGAGGGUCAGCGAUGGCGGCUCCGGAGCGACUGGAGACUGAGAUAGAGGAGGCUGGGCAGGUAUUUCUCUUGAUGAAGGACUAUCGAAUUUCACGUAAUGUGCGCCUAGCCUGGUUUCUUGGUCAUUUGCAUCAGGUUAUCUCCUCAAUGUCUGAAGCUGAAUUGGCAAAGUCAGACAGUGAGUUAGAUGUUCUCAGCAUCCUGCCAAACAGCUGGCAACCCAAUGAGCCUUUGCAAACUAAGACGUACCUCCUGGUGCCUUCGACACAUGUCACUUUCCUUGCACGCCGGUACCGUUUUGUGAUUGAACUGGAUUUGAGUCCAUCUACAGGGAUUGUAGAUGACUCUACUGGGGAGAUAAUUUUUGACGAAGUGUUCUAUGCCCUCUCACGGUGUUUAGGAGGAUUGUUAAAGCCCUUUAGAAUCCCAGGUUCUGCCAUUAUAUUCCAACCUGAGAUUUUCAUCACUAUCCAAGUAUAUUCUUCCAUCAUUAGCCUACAGACACAUCAGGUACUGUUCCAGGGUUGCCUGCUGGAUGGAACAAAGAUAGAAAGCUUUUUGAACCAGGUUUACACACAGUUGUGCGCCUUUGAAAACAAAGUGGCUGAGAUGCUCCAGCAGCAGUAUGAGGCCAAAACUCAGGUGGACUUGUCAUCCCUUACCCAGGAGCAUCUAUGUGACUCUCAGGAAACAUCAGGGAAGAAGUUGGGUGUUUCAAUGGUUACUGCUGAUGUUGGGCUUGUCAGUAUGAUUCGGCAGGGAAUUUUGGCAUUGCAACUGCUUCCCUCCAACUCCACUGCAGGGAUCAUUGUGAUCACGGAUGGUGUCACCAGUGUGCCAGAUGUAGCAGUCUGUGAGACUCUGCUCAACCAACUACGCAGUGGGACCGUGGCCUGCUCUUUUAUUCAGGUGGGAGGAGUCUAUUCUUAUGACUGCAGUUUUGGUCAUGUCCCUAAUGUUGAGCUCAUGAAGUUCAUUGCAAUGGCAACAUUUGGCACAUACCUUUCCACGUGUCCUGAAGCUGAGCCUUCUAGUUUAGACAUGAAUGUCUACCAUAAAGCUUUUCUUCCAUAUUCUUUUCUCCGCAGUGGAGAAUCCCUGAAUCCUGAAUAUUACUGUGUCUCCCAGCACAGAUUAUUCAAUGAACAUCUUGUUUCUGCAAGCAGCAACCCGGCCCUUGCCAUGAGACGAAAGAAGCAUACAGAAAAGGAGGUCCAUGCUGAUCUUAUUAGUAUAGUCUCUGUGCGGCUGCGAGAAGGUUAUAGUAUCCGUGAGGUCAAUAUUACAAAAGGUGGUACUCAACUGGAAGUGAAGCUUGUCCUGCUGUGGAAGCACAAUAUGAGAAUUGAGUAUUUGGCAGUGGCCCCCUGGCCCCUAGAUCCUUCAAAACGUAGCACAUGGGUGGAAGUGACUAUGGAGGGCAGCUAUGACAUUUUGCAUGACAUCAGCUGCACAGUGCGGAAACCCAUCACCAGCCUCUAUCGCACCACUGUGAUACGCCGCUUCUGGAACACCCUGCAAAGUAUCAACCAAACUGACCAGAUGCUGGUUCAUCUGCAAUCCUUUGACAGCGUCCCAGAGCAUUUCACCAUUCCUGAAAGCACUCGAAAUGGGGUGCCACUGUUCUAUCUUCCUCCAGGAUCCACUACACCGGUCCUGUCCUUGCAGCACAGUAGCUCAGACUCCAGUCACUCACAGUUUGCAGCCUACUGGAAGCCCAUCCUGUCUAUGGAUGCCAAUCUCUGGCAGAGGUGGUUGCACAUGCAUCGCAUUGUUAUCCUCUUGGAACAUGACAUACCAGUCCCAAAGCAUUUGCACACCCCAGGCAACAAUGGUCGCUAUAGCACUAUCCAGUGUCGCAUUUCCCACUCAGCUCUGACUUCUUUGCUGCGUGACUGGAGUAGCUUUGUGCUGGUAGAAGGCUACUCUUAUGUCAAGCUCAUGCACAGCUCUGAGGAUCUGCCUCCUUUUUCAUUUUAUGUGGUGAGGAUUAUUUCCAAAGCCCCCUGCAUGGUUCUUCGGCUGGGAUUCCCCAUUGGGACACUUGCAAAACUCAGGAAUAAAAUAGUAGAAGAACUAAGAGACUGUAUCCUUCAGUUACGCUUUCCUCACAGAGUACAGAGCAAAGAGGCAACUCCAAAAGUGAAGAGAAAGGCCCUUGGCAGCAAUUCCCCAUCAAAAUCAUCUUGUUUGCCUGUAGCCCAGCCACCCCUCUCAGACAGACCUUGCCUUAUAGUACUACAUAAACCUCUGGAGAAACUCCUUAUCAGAUAUGAGAAGCUGCCCUCCGACUAUCAUGUUCCAUGUCUUUUACCCUUGGAGAAUCCCCCCAUGUCAGGUCCACUUACUAUGGUGGCCAACCGCACAGCUUCUUCUACCCUGGCCUCCUUAUCUCGCUAUUUUUAUCACCAGCGCUGGAUUUGGUGCGUACAGUCAGGGCUGGUCCCGGCAGUGCCCAUCACAGCUGUAGCACAACUGCUGUCCACUCUCACUGAGAUACGCCUGUCUGAGGGCUUCCAUUUUGCUUCUAGUGGUGAAGGGAUUAUCAGUAUGGUCCAAGAAUUACCAAUGAAGAGUGAAUCCACAAGAGAGAGUGGCAAUGAGAAGCACACCUGCAUUGUCCAAUAUGUGAUAUUCCCUCCACAUGCUACAUCUACUAAAGACAGUUUCUCUACAGAUGAAGACAAUGAUACAGAAGUGGAGGCCAUUGAGGUGGACAUGGAGUUGAACGUUGUCACAGAAUGCUGGGUAGAGCCUCAAAGUGGUUACGUGGAUGGCGUUCAGGAGAGUUGGCAACACCUACAUGGCCUAUCUUACCAGAAAAUCCCCAAAGCGAUCUAUCCUCGAGAUCUUACCUGCAUCCAUACUGUGCUUGCUUUUGAGUAUAUCAGCCAACUUUGCCAAAAUAAGGACUGGGUUUUCCCAGCAUGCGAUUCAAGGCCCAUUGCUCCUGAAGGUCGUGAUGCUCAAAGUGGCUCCCGUGUACAUGAGAUUCCUUUCCAGUUUGACCUCAUGAAGCUUUUACCAAAAUGCCAGCAGAUUGAAAUGUUUUUCUUGAUGCUGACAAGAGAAGAUGAUGGAAUCAUAAAGGAUUCUUCUUCCUUCCCCAAUGAAAUGCUUCUUGGCCUCUUCCAUGGCUGUCUCCAGCAUGACCUCAGUGAUAGAGAAAUCGCACUAUUGGAUACAGAUCAUGUAACCUUCAUGGAGCAUGUGCUUCAGCGAGACAGAGAUGGCCACCCACCCCCAUUUAAGCUCUCAGUGGUCCAAGAACUGCCAAAGGCUUCCAUUCCUUCUGAAUGUCAGAAUCCAAAAAACAGUUACCACUCUUUUGGCAUCAAGGACCCAGCAACAUCUUCAAGUACACAUCAGACUCCAGAUAAUAUCAAGGAGUCAAAAAAUGAUAUUUCACCAACAUCUGUUGCACUCUUUCCCCAAUGGCGAUGUUAUGCCAAGCUGGUAAAUCCACAGCAUCUUUUCCUUACCUUCUUGCCAGCUGUGUUCUCAGAUGUACAGAGAUUGAUGGCUUCUGGCCCAGACCAGCCUUCAAAAGAGACAGACCCUACAUUAUCCCAAGAAGCACAAGAGCUGGAACCUGUGGCCUUGCUUCCAGCUGUUAGUGUCACACCAGCUAAUGAAACAGGCCAGGCUGUAGGAGAUCCAGAUGCUGGAUCCAAAAGAGAAGGACGCAUCUCCUUCAGCCGCCAAGUAUCUCAGCCUGACCUGGGUGAGAACUGCCGAGUUCGCUGUCCUGUGUUUGUGUACAGUUGCUCCUUAGAGGUGCUACGGGAGCAGAUGAUAAAUUCCAGGCCAGAGAAACCUCUACGGGAUAUCUUUUUCAGAAACCAGUCUGUGGAGCGCCCUACUAGUGCUCCUUGGCUAGAUCCCAAGCACAAGGAAGUGGUGAGUUACUGCACUUUACUGCAGGAACAUUCUCACCAGUGCUACGUGAAAGGGCUGUUUCGGAGCCUGCAGCAGGGUCACAACAUCAGCUCUCCUGAUCUGCUCAUAGCCAUGGAUUACUGUGAGGAACUUCUGCAGGAGAUAGACAUCACUCGCUUCCUACUGACACUGUGUAAUCAUGUGCGCACCUUCUGUGAGCGCUCUCAGCAGCAACCACUUACCAGCUUAGAAGGAAGAGCAUAUCAAGCCUCCCAAACACGAGGUGUACUAACAUCAGUUUCCAGUGCUGAAACAGAGGAUUUUAGUGAACCAGAUUCCCAUGGCUCUACCUGUCCUUCCCAAGAGCCCCACUGUGGCCCAGAAUUCCCUCUCUCACUACUAGACAGCAAGCAACCUUGCCAAGUGCAACCUGACUUACAAAGGAUCAUCCAGGAGAAAUUCUUGGAAAUUGGCAGCUUACAUUUUAAGCCAGUGCCAUCCAAUCCCCAUUACUACUUCUAUUGCCCUCCUUCCACCAAAAAAGAGGAAGAGGUUUCACGGGACCAUCAAGACAGAAAAGGCAGUGAAGACGUAGAGAGCUCAGAAAAUGAUCUGGCAGCUGAUGAAGGGAACACAUCCAGCUAUGGUAUUGGCACUGAAAGUGACCCAGAAUUGGAGGUAGAAUAUCGGGAACGCUUGGACCAAGAAUUUUUAGAAGCAGGCUCCCUGUCAGACUCCAACACUGUUAACCAGGAUGAUGAUUCCUUCAGUGUCCUGGGAGACUCCCUGGCAGAACAGGAGCUGCUGGAGCAAGACAUGCCUCCCCUCUUUGUGCAUUUGACCUGUUCUGUGAAGCUACGCAGUCAGCACUGUUCCAUGCCUGUUUGCUCACUACCUACCUGUCUAGGAGACGUGCUGGGCUGCCUUGAAAGCUGUAAGGCACUUCACACUAUUGACCUUUCUGACCUUUGUGUGACCCUUGACAUUUUUGUCCUGACUGUUCCUCUGGAGAUCGAAAUGGUGAACGAUUUGCAUCACAAUAGAUACACCUCUGAGAGCAGUGUCUCCUUCACCCGUUCCCCAGGACAGCCCUCCUCUUUCCGUUCAGAUGAUGAGCUUAUGCAUGCCUUGGACAGAAUGCCAUCAACCUCAACUGAUUGGCAUCCAGCACUCUCCAAUCUUCCUGGAGUGCAUAGGCAAGCUGUUGAAGCCACUAUGAUUGAAAUCCGCUGGCUCCUGGAUGACGAGAUUGUGUCAGCAUUGCGUUACUCACAGCCUGUUACUGCUGACAUCUUGAGUCAAGCAGCUUCCCACAUCUACAGUUCCCAGGGCCGCCCAAGCUGCCAUUGUGAGGUCGUCCCUUUGCAAUUUGUAUUUGGACCUGAGAAUUCUCUGGAAAGGUUUCGUGAAGAGUUCCAGAGAAUGGCCUUGUCUGGCUAUGUUCUCAAUGCUGAGGGGAGUGAUUUCUACUAUGCAUCUGUUAGUCGCCUGCAUGUGUCAAUGAGUGGACCCAGUCCUUCUGUUACUCUUGAGAGCACUAUGACAGGAGGCAGGUGUGAAAGCAGCAGCAAAAUAGAAGGCUCCCUGCCUUGUUCUACUCCCCCUGAUGAAGCUCAAAGUCUCUGGGCAUGGCCAACAAGCGAAAACAAGACUGGAGAAUGUCUGGGCAUAAAUAACCAAGUAUCUGUUGAGGUGUCAGAACAAUUAACAUCUCUGGAUCAGGCCAGUAUUUUGGAGCAAGGUUGUCCAGGUGAGGAAACUACUUUGACCCAGACGCAACAUCAGGCUUCCUUUUCAGAGAAGUGGAGCAGUGAGCAGUCUCCCUUAGCUAUACCAUCUGUACCAAGUCUAACAGAUUCUGUGAUUCCCAGCAAGGAAGGUUGUAGAAAGCAGCAGCCUAGUCGAGUGCAAAGUUUAGUGUCAAGCCAGGGAAGCAUGGAUUCUGAUCUUCUAGGGUAUGAUGGAGGUAGCAGUGAUUCUGAAGGCGAGGAGGCAGUGAUGAGUGACCUAGAAUCCAGGUGCCCCCUCAUACCUGAUUUCUGGCUGAUCAUCAAGAUCCACCAGGACCGGGUGGAAAUUUAUUCCCAUACACGCAGCUACAGUGCAGUAAAAGCAACACAGAAUGAGGAAGGAGCUUGCAUGCAACUUCACCGGACAGUGGUAAAGAAGGUUGGAGAGAUUUGCCGUGUUGUUAACCAGCGGCUGCUGCUACAAGAUCUACAUGAUAGCCACAUUUGUAAUUCUCUGCUGGUCGCUGAGAGUGAAGAGGAUAUCUGGAAAAGUGAAACACUUUAUACCUAUCGGCAGCGCACUGGGCCUGAUGAUUACCCUGGAGAGGAAAGCUACCAGCCCCGCGACUAUCUUGCAGCCACUAUGCAGUUCAUGCCUGGACAUUUUGCCUGUGAUGCAGUCUGGAGCACCACCAUCCAUGUGCAUUCAAGGCUCAAGAUGGGGCCCAAUAUGGGUGUUGCACGUGCUAUCCAAGCCCUGCGUUCUGUGCUCAAUGCCUUCUCAGUUGUGAACAGGAAAAAUAUGUUUGUUUACCAGGAGCGUGCAACCAAGUCUGUUUUUUAUUUACGGCUUUCCGAGACCACUUCUGGUGGGAAGGCCGGGGAAAAUGAAAUCCAAAGUCUCUCAUGCCGUUCACUGGCACUUUCACGCAGCCAGGAGCCCAUUUGCACUGAAGACUUGAGUGGCUCUCACUCAUCCUUGGGAACAGCCUCUUGCCGCAGUGUGGAUUCAGCUCGUCCUAUAAGCCAAGUCGAUAGACAUAUCCAGCUAGUGGUUCAUGGAGUGGCGCCAGCAGGACCUGAGAUCACAGAUGAGCUGGUGAAGGUUCUGCGUAGGCGUCUGGAUGAAGCCACCCUGGAUAUCAUCACAGUUAUGCUUGUGCGGAACUGCAAACUCACUCCAGCUGAUGUGGAGUUCAUACAACCUCCUGGCAGCCUGCCCACUGAAGUACUGCAAUUUACCCUUCCUACUUCCUGCCUGCCUUGGCUUCCAGCUGUGGCCUGCUAUCUGCGACAGAACCUGCUGAUCUUUCUGCACACACCCAAAUACACAGACAGCAAUGUGGAGAACCACUUCAAGGUGAGUGUCAGCAGCAGCAGCAGCAGCCCUGAACUGGAUCUCUAUCUAUAUAAUAAGCCAGGAGGUCAAGGCACCGGUGGCAAAGGUGUCGCAUGCAUUGCCCUGUCCUUUGUGGAUGACUGUGGAAAUCCCAUUUCACUGGCUCGCUGGGUGAGGCCAUCCGCUGUCCUGCUGAGCACUUCAUUUCUACCAGAGAUGGAUUUUGAGAGCUUGACUAUGGUCAGCAAGCAUGAGUCUGAACCUGGCAAAUCACAGCCAGCCCUCUCUCCUCUAGUGCGCCUUGACAUCUGGGAGAAGGGAAACAUCAGCUUGUUGCAACUGUCUGAAAGACUGCGUAGUGCCCUGCGCCAUGCCCUCUGUGAUGCCCUCAUGGAAUUUCAUGUGCUACCCAAUCCAUUGUGUGUUGAGCCAUCCACUGAGUUAGAGGAUCCGGGAAGCCUGCGCCGGACAAUGUCUGAAUCAAAAGGACUGACUCAGCAUGCCAGAGGCAGAGUGUGCCCUCCAUCUCUGCCCUUCCCAGUGCCCAGCACAAUUCUGGGUGAACCUGUCACACCUACAAGCAAGAUGGGACGGCGGAGCUUCUGGGAUAUGCUGAGCAAACCAGAGAUGAUCGAACAAGGAAGCCCCAAGACCACAGAUGACAUAGUGUUGGAGCGGCCUGAAGAGAGUCGUAGUCGCCGUCGCCAUAAGACUGAGAGUGUAAAGCAACCCUCAAGCCAGGAGCGUGCCGCUUCAGAGCAGGAACAGACCCAAAGACGUCGGACCUGCCAGCUAGAAGAGGGAGAUGUUGGAAUUUUGCACCCAGUUUUCAGUCAGACAUGCCAGUCCUGGAUGGCUUUCAUGAACCAUUUGGGAUGUCCAUCUGUGCAACAGUGUGUCCUAGAAAGUGUCUCCCGCUUCCUGCUGCCUUCCAUCAUGCUGGAAGUAGUGAAUCUUGUCACUACUUUAGCGAGUGACACCACUAUCAAAGUGUUUGAAAAAGUCAGUGGUCCUCAAGGCAUGUCCUUUCUGCCAUACUCCCUGACACCAGGCACCAGUGCUCGACCAGCUGUUAUUCGACAUUUUACUCUGCUGGGACGGAGCUUCCACCAGUGGCGCUGCACCACAGAACAAGCUGUCAAAGGAUUCCAGCGUUUUGAGAGUACUGAGCUUGGCUCUUCAGAUAAGGGUUGUGAUGUUGCUCCCCGACAAAGAUUCCUCUUCAUGGAAAUCAUUGACAAAAAGUUGGUGCUUUACACUUACAAUUGGUCGGUAGACCUGGGCAGUGCCCUGAACAACUCUCUCACUCGCUUACUACAGUGGCAGAAUGCCCGAGCCCACGUGGUACACUGUCUGCUUAGCCAGAAGCUUGGGCUAUUCCAUCAUUACUGUUAUAUGGACACUCCAUGGCAUGAGGACAGCAAGCAGGAGCAAAAUCCCUUCCUAAACUCUACCCUGGAAAUUGAUGCUCUGAUUCGGAGCCCUAGUGUUCCUCCAAGCAAGGAGCAAGGUCGUCUCAGCAGUUCUGCACGCAUCUUGCAGCCUUUACAUUUCCCUCCUGAUAUGGUGCCCUUUGAUGAAGCCCUUCGAGAUGUUUCAGUCAUCCAGCCUAUUGUUCACAAACUAGAACAGGGUGUUCAUGACCCUGUAGCCCAACAUGGAGCUCAGUUCCUGGAGAUCAAGAACACAGAGAGGAAAGAGCUGGAGAAACAGAUGAAGAUUGAGAACCUUUUUGUGACAUGGCAACAGCGUUCCGCUCAAUCCAACAUGCCCAUCAGUCUUGCAGACCUAGAAACCCUGAAGCAGUCAUCACGCUUGGUCCAUUACUGUGCCACACCCCUGCUCUUUGAUCCAGGUUUCCGGCAGCAGAUUCAGGCUGACCAACAAAGCAAGCUGGAAGGCAAGAAGCGCCAUCGUUCCAAUGACUCUACAGCAUCUGGUAGAGACCGUAGCCACAGUUGUGACUCUGCAGAAGGGCUACCUUGUCGAUCCAAGGAUGAGGCCUGGCUGCUGGAACUAUGUCAUGCCUUUUUGCAGCAAUAUAUACAGUAUCUGCAGAGCAUGGGCUUCAUCUUGGUACAGGUGCGCCCAGCCUCACCUGCUCGCAGCACCAGCCGGAUCAGAGCUCUGGCAUCAAUGGGCAGUGAGACACGGGGCUCCUUCUCAUACUCCAGGCCAAAGGUGGAUGGGAGUCCAAAGACCAUGAACCCUCCUGUCACUACAUACCAUUUGCAAAGAGCUUUGCCUGGAGGCAUUGUACUAAUGGAAUUGGCUUUCCAGGGAUGCUAUUUUUGUGUGAAGCAGUAUGCGCUGGAAUGCUCACGAAUCCCCAUGGGCCAAACAGUCAACUCACAGCUUUCUAUGCUCUUCACGGAGGAGUGUGACAAAGUACGUGAUCUUAUGCACGUACAUUCAUUCAGCUAUGAUUUUCACCUGCGUAUUGUGCACCAGUAUCUGCUUGGAUCUCACAUGGCAUUACGGCAAGGUUAUCACCUCACAAGUUUCCUGGAAGACUUCAUCACCCAGCAUCCUGACAUCCCCAAGUUUGGACGCAACCACAUUUUUCAAGGUACACUAGCCUUGCCUACCAACACCAUCACAGCCCAUCAGCUAUAUAAUUAUAUAACUGAUCAUGCCAGCACCUACCAUAUGAAACCCCUGCGCAUGGCCCGGCCAGGAACUAGCACUGAGAGCAAGAAAGGGACUCCUGGUUCUGAACAAAAUGAAUAUGCCCUGGUUUCCAUUUGGAACAGCUCUGGUUCCUACAAAGAUUCAGAGGGGCUGCGUCACCAUGAUGAUUUUGAUGUGUCCCUGCUUGUGUGCCACAGUGCUGUGCCCUUUGAAGACCAGAGUGAGGCAGACCGACACAUGUUACGGCUGCAGUAUUAUGUGAUCAUGACAAGCCAACGGGAGCUCUUCCCUCGACUAACAGCAGACAUGCGGCGUUUCAAAAAGCUGCCACGCCUACAGCGAGAGGCGCUGGAACCCGUCCUGGGACGCUCAUCAUGGGAGACAGUGGAGGGUGGCCAGCAGCGGAAGGAAAUUCCAGAGCCUUGGGAGGAGGUGGAUGAUCAUAGCGAGUUCUAUGCAGGUGGCCCCCAGGUCAAGGUGGGCCCAGGACUCUUCUACACCUCCCCACUAUUUCCACUCCUUGCUUCUGAGGUUGCUGCUGCCCAGAAACAGCUCAGCAACAUGGUACAAUGUGCCAAGGGCCACUGUCGCCGUGACAACCUCUGGAAGCGGCUCUUCUUGUUGGAGCCCCUGGCUUCUGACAAGCUUAAACUGGGCAAGCUCUCUCUAAGUGAGCUGGAGGAGCUGUUGGACGCUGUGCACAAGAAGUCCAUUGCUGACAUUGAUCCCCAGUUGAGCUGCUUCCUCACCAUGACCGCCUCCUGGUACCAGAGUCUUAUCAAAGUCCUACUGAGUCGUUUCCCACAGAGCUGUCGCCAUUUCCAGAACGCAGAUGCUGGUACCCAGUACCUGGUUGUUCUGAAUCAGAAAUUCACAGACUGUUUUGUGCUUGUAUUCCUUGAUUCACAUUCAGGAAAAACAAGCCUGACAGUAGUCUUUCGGGAGCUGUUCCCAGUUCAACCCCAGGACAGCGAAAGCCCUCUGCCGCAACUUGUGUCCACAUACCACCACCUGGAAUCCGUGAUCAACACAGCUUGCUUCAACCUCUGGACAGGGCUGCUCUAGAAUCAGCCAGACCUUCUGACUGCUAUACAGGCAUCUGCAACCAGCCUAGAAUGGAGGUGCCCUGACAGGACUGUGAUCUGAAGCUGUAGCUUGCUGGAUAAGAAGUCAGAACACUGAAUCUGACUGGGCUGAGAGAGAAUCGUGAAGGGAGAGCAGUUCCAGGAGUUGAGAAAGCAUCGUGGCUAGCCCAGCUUAAAGGGGCAGUGUAUGCUUAUCCGGAGAAACUGCUCCGGGAGGCCUCUGGUGGAUGUGCUGUCUUUCUGUGGGCUCUUUGAGAUGAAAGGCCAAAAGACUACUGGAGUUGCUGACCAGGCCAGUCAGCUAGAGUGACACUAUUAAAGCAUAUGGGGAAAAGUUCUGCACAAUAGUGGGAAUGUUUUAUAUGAAGUGAAUGUACAGUAAAUUAAAUAAAUGGAUUAAACAAAUCUAAUUUAUUUAUUAAAUAAAUGGAUUGCUAAUGUGAAAGGACUUUGUUACAGAUUGCCCAACAAGCUGUUGCACUGAUCCUUAAGGAGAAGCAGAGUAGGCUUCUGCUUACUUGCCCAAACCACCUUUCUGCCAAGAUAUAUGGAAGCACUGCCUGAUUCUUACCCUGUUCUUAUAGGAUAUACUGCUAUAUUCUCUAAGACAGUUGGCCUGGACUGUCAUGAGUUUUGUCAACUACUUGUCAGGUUUUAUGUUACAUGAUGGAGCCCGUUUCUUUUCUGAACAGAAACAGGACAUGAUGCAAGGAAAAGGCAAAUUAAAAAAUCCAGGAGUGUUUUCUUUUCUAGAGCCACUAAGUGGUACUAUUGAGCUAAAUCUGGAGUGACGUGCCCUUUUUUCCUUUGUACCAAACCGUUUCCCAUUCAUUGUUAGCAGGAAGGAGAAGGCAUGCCAGCAUCUUUGAGUGUGCUUACUGUAAUUUUGCACUCCUCUGGUCUGUCAGUCCUUA